UCUACAGCUUCACUCAAACAGUAAGUAAAAUGGACAAGAGUAAAGAGGCCCAGCUGGACCCUCCGCCGUACCCUGGACCACCUGGACCUGGGUUUAGCACAGAACAUCAAGGUCAACCAGUAGUUUAUCAGUAUGCAGCCCAGCCACAGACAGUGCAGCCUGUAACAGUGGUGGUGCAGCCAAAGCCCACAGACUGUCCCGGGCAGAUGUUGUGUCCUCACUGUCAAAACAAUGUGGUCACUGUGGUCGAGUACAAAAAUGGCACCCUCACAUGGAUCAUCUGUGGUGUAAUUGGCAUCUUUCUUUGCUGGCCUUGCUGCUGGAUUCCUUUCUGCAUUGAUGCUUGUAAAGAUGUGGAGCACAAAUGCCCAGUGUGCAACAAUGUCAUUCACACCCACAAACGCAUUUAGCUCAAUGACACCACUCUGUGUCUAUAGUUCUAUACUAAUGUAUGUUUGUAUAUUUGAGACUCACCUGUGUCAAAAGCCCUACUAACUCCAAA